CGCCUCCUAAAUAGAGCCUUAAAAUCAAAUGGCUCUGAAGAUUGGGCUAAUUAUAGGAACGAGCAGAGGGCCUAUAAGAAGCUCAUCAAGGAAUCCAAACGCGAGGCUUGGGAGAAAUUCUGCUCUAAAGUUGAGGCUCUUCCUCUAGUAGCCAAACUUCGCAGAGUCCUCGCCAAUGGCCCACAACCAAGCCUCGGUGGAUUCUCUGUCCCGAACGGGGAGCAGCUUGAGAAACACAAGGACAUUCUUGCCCACCUACUGGAGGUACACUUCUCUGGAUCCGGACAGGUCGAGCAUAACCCCCUGACUCAGGGGGAGCUCCGCGCCACGAGACCCGGUGACUGGACCACUGCUGCUGCAGUGGUAACGUAUGACAGGAUUCGCUGGGCUCUGGACUCGUUCGACGGGUACAAGAGCCCGGGGGCUGACGGACUCUUCCCCGCUCUUCUUCAGAAUGGAGGGGAUGGGCUAGUCAAGCAUCUAAUCCGUGUCUUUAGAGCGUGUCUCGCCUUGAGAUACCUAAGCCAUGGCGGGAGGUCAAAAUAGUCUUUAUCCCAAAAACGGG